AUGGAAGAACUAAGAACCAAGUACAUUCUUCUUCGUGAUAAUGACUUUUGCCGUCGUGCUGGCCUUACAACGCACGUUAGCCAACUACUACGAGGCGAACUAUUAGAAGGUGUUCCUGAGGUUCAAGAUUCAAGUAAAGUAGCUGUUGUUGUAUUCUGUACGAAGUCUACGCCAAUACAACUACUACGAGGCGAACUAUUAGAAGAUAUUUCCGAGGCUCAAGGCCCUCAAAAUUCAAUUUCAGUAACUGUGGUUGGAAAGGGAAGUAAAACAUUUCGAUUCAGGGAACCUUCUGCGAUGUAUUUGGCGCGACUGCUUGAAGAAGAAGCGAAAUUGCUUCUGGCCAUUUCUUCCCUUGAAUCGAGAUACAAUACGUUUCAAGAUAGAAAGCAUCUUUUAUUUGGGCGACAACUUUCACCAGGAGGUGAAGUUUAUGUGAAAGUGCAAGCAAUAUCUUCAAAGGAACUUCGUGGUGUCGUACGGUACAAGGGUGAAUUACCCCCUUAUCUCGGAACAUGGUUUGGAGUUCAACUUCUUACCCCAGGGCAAGGAACGUGUGAUGGAACACUAAUAAACAGGAAGUACUUUGACUGCCCAAAGGAUUCAGGAGUUUUUGUUGGACUAGAUAAACUUAUACCACGAGAUCUAGAAGACUCACAUAAGAAUCAAAACUACGAAAGAAAAGAUAAAGCUCCUGAGGCUUCUUUUAAAUCAUUUUGUAAAGGGUUAUUACCAUCCUUUAGAAAAAAAAAUGAACAAAAGUCAUCUAUGGGGAUUACUGACCAUGAAAUUGAUCAAAGACAUGAAGUUGAUCAAAGACAUGAAAUUGAUCAAAGAGUUGUGGUCUUCGUGGAGGGUUAUCUAGCUAGGGGAACUGUCCGGUAUAUUGGCGAUGAAAAUGGCGAAAAAAUAGUAGGACUGGAAAUGGAUGCAAGAAUUGGAAGUGGGACUGGAAAAAGAAAUGAUGUUCAAAAGUUUUUAACUCGAAGAGACUAUGCAAUAUUUGUUCCACUGGAAACUGUCAUGCCAGAAAAAGACUUUGACGAGGAAGUUGAACAACCUUCAAGACCUUCAAAACCUCCGAAAAGUGCAAUAUUAGAAAAGCAGAAUCUCUCUGAGGAGCAAAUUCACCAAAAUGAAUUGUAUGCAAAGUCACUGGGCGAUUUCAAUGUGCCUUCAGACAGGAAGAAUGAUGAAAUAAAAUAUGAUAGUUGUCAUGGUCUGGAAGUUGGAUCUGUGAUAGAGGUUCCUAUAGGGAAUGGUGUUCCAAAAUAUGGGGUCAUACGCUGGAUUGGACGUUUACAACAAAUGAAUGAAAAUGUGGUUGCAGGCCUGGAAUUGGAAGAGGAAGAGUCUGUAUGCUCAGAUGGAACCUUCCAUGGAAUAAGAUACUUCACCUGUACAGCAGGAAAAGCAUUUUUUGUUUUGUUAAAGAACUGCCGACCAGAUUCACGAUUAGAUCAGCGACCGACGAAGAAAAAGGAGCAAGAAGGAAAUGUUCGCAGGCUGGUAACAGAAGUAAAUGAGCAGGUGUCACAUUUAUCAGCAGAACUACGAGAGAAGGAGUUUAGUGAGACCAACAUACGUGAACGGCCGAGGGAGAAAGAACAGCAUGAAGAAAAUUUACGAAGACAAUUGCAUGAGAUGGAGCAGCAGCUGAAAAACCUACAUGGACAAUUACAAGAAAGAAGUGAACAACUGAGGAAUGUCACCCAGAAAAUGACGGUUGUCCAGGGGCACCAACAAGAAAAAGGUGAAGAAACUGCUAAUUUACAGAAGCAAGCUACUGCCUUAAGGCAACAGCUAGAGGAAAAAGACCAAGAAAUGGGGCUGCAGCUGAAAAACCUGCGUGAACAAUUACAAGAGAGAGAUGAACAACUGAGGGGUGUAACCUACCAAAUGACGGUUGUCCAAGGGAAGCUACAAGAAAAAGAUGAGGAAACUGCUAAUUUACAGAAUCAAGCAACUUCCCUAAGGCAACUACAAGAGGAAAAAGAGCAGGAAAUGGAACUGCAGCUAACAAACCUGCGUGAACAAUUACAAGAGAGAAAUGAACAAUUUAAGAUUGUCAUCCAGCAAAUGACGGUUGUCCAAGGGCAGCUACAAGAAAAAGAUGAAGAAACUGCUAAUUUACGGAAUCAAGCUACUUCCCUAAGGCAACUACAAGAGGAAAAAGACCAGGAAAUGGAGCUGCAGCUAACAAACCUGUGUAGACAAUUACAAGAGAGAAAUGAACAAUUUAGGGAUGUCACCCAGCAAAUGACGGUUGUCCAAGGGCAGCUACAGGAAAAAGAUGAAGAAACUGCUAAUUUACGGAAUCAAGCUACUGCCCUAAGGCAACUACUGGAGGAAAAAGACCAGGAAAUGGAGCUGCAGCGGACGAACCUGCGUGUACAAUUACAAGAGAGAUAUGAACAAUUAAGGGAUGUCACGCAGCAAAUGACGGUUGUCCAAGGGCAGCUACAAGAAAAAGAUGAAGAAACUGCUCAUUUGCAGAGUCGACUCGAAGAAAAAGACCAGGAAAUGAUUGAAUUGGAAACAACUCUGUCCAUUGCCCAGGAUGAGUUACGUGACUAUAAACGCCCACAAUCCCCGGAAUGGGUCAUUUCAAGGGAUCGCAUUCAGCUGACUGGUAAAUCUCUUGGCAAAGGAGGCUGGGGAAUCGUUGUCGAAGGCAAAUAUUGUGGUUGUUCUGUUGCAGUAAAACAGAUCCAUGAGUUGAUUCUCUCCCCUCACAACCGCAGAUUGUUUGAGCGAGAAAUAGACAUUGCUUCAAGAUGCCGCCACCCUUGCCUGCUACAGUUCAUUGGAGCUACUAAUGACGAAGGGAAUCCAUUGUUAGUAACAGAGCUGAUGGAAACAAGUUUACGCCAUAUGUUGGAACAGAGAGCUCUUUCUGAAAUUGAAAUCUCUUUCAUUUCCCUGGAUGUGGCUCGGGCGCUCAACUACCUUCACCUAAAGCAACCAUCUAUUAUUCACCGCGACAUUAGCAGUGCAAAUGUGCUACUUUGGCGACAAGGGGAACAUUGGCGAGGCAAAGUGUCAGAUUACGGAACUGCCAACUUUGUGCAGCAGACCAUGACAGUGGCUCCUGGUGCUGUGAUAUACAAAGCCCCUGAAGCAGUUACUGAGACUCAAACUGUCAAGGUUGAUGUGUACAGCUUUGGCGUCCUCCUCUGUGAGAUGUGCAUCGGAGAACUGCCAGAUCCACAAAAGCGUGUGAGGCAAGUUGCCAUGGUGAAAAACAAAUAGAAUCGAGCCCUUAUCAGGAAAUGUUUGGAAUCAGAGCCUGAGGCGAGACCAAGCAUACAGGAGAUCAUUAAUGAACUUGAGGAACCUAAAUUGAAUUAGGUUUGGUCGGUUCAGCUAUAAUUACUAUGAUGUAAGUUUAAUGGUAUCUAUGUUACAAACAUCUUUCCUGAUAUAAACACUGUACUUGUAACGGUAUGUAUGUUCCAGAGGGACAUCUCUUGUGAAAUAUAUACACAUGAUGAGAUUGAUUUUACUCAAAUUAAAAUAACAAAAAGUAAUUUUUUUAUUCAGAAUGGAGAAAGACAUGAAAUUCCAAAGGAAUUGAAUGGAAAAUAAUGGGAAUACUGUCAGCUGAAGACAUUUGCCAUGUAGGAGAUUGUCCUUUUAGUGUUGCGAAGAAAGACUUUACGAGCAAACAAGUCUUUUUAUUUCCUUUAUGGCUACUUCAGUAAGGGGAUGUCAUUUUUAUUCCUCAGUUUUAGCUGAACCAGUUUGAGUCAAUGGCGUGCAAUUAGUUUAAUGCCCCUCAUACCUCAUACGUAUACCUGGCAUUUUAGAGGUUAUCUCGUAGUACUGCACUGGACAUUAGCUAGAUUAAGCACCACGAAAACGGCGAACGCUGAACGUCGGCUAGCCGUUUGUCGUUUGUCGUUCCGUCCGUGAUGUUCGUCUGUUUAAGCUUCCCAACGACACGGCAGAACAAAUGUUCUCGGUCGCCAUUCACUGCUACUAGAACUAAUGGAUACAAAGAAGUAAUG